GAAUAUUCAGAACAACCAGUUCACUGGCUGGAUUCCUGAUGGAUUUAAAAAGAUUGGCAAUCUCCAAGCUGGUGGAAAUUCUUGGUCAUCUUCACGAGCACCACCCCAUUAUCAUAUCUACAACAAUGAUAAUGAUGACCGAUCUUCUGGAGCCGUGGGGAAAAAAUCAUCAGUUAUAAACGGCUUAGCCAUUGGUGGAGCAGUAGUAGCUGUACUUUUUAUCAUUGUAUUUUUAUUGGCCCUAAUGAAGAAGAAGUCCGCAACUUCUUUGCACUAUAUUGAUGAGUCAGAUAGUCAGAGAAGAUCAUUUGCACUUCUGGUCAGCCAUGAUAAGGAUUUUAAGUUCAUGGGAUCCUCAGCAGCAGCUGAUAUGAAUAUCCUACCAAGAUCUACUUCUUUGGGUCUGAAGCCUUCAGGUUCUGAUCGGAGCAGCUCUUUUGGUGAAAAUGAGUUCAAAAUUAAAUUUAAUUCCAAGCCUCCCACUUCUGAGAGGAACAGUUCAGUUAGCGAAAAUGACUUCAAAAUUAAAUUUAAUUCAAAAAGAAGCUUGGAGCCAGUUAAUGCCAGCGCUAUGUCAUUGGUAGAUUUGCAGUCAGCCACUGGAGGUUUUAGCACUAAUCAUCUUCUUGGAUAGGGGUCCAUUGGAUAUGUUUACAAGGCCAAAUGUGCGGUUGGAAAGGUUUUGGCUGUUAAGAAAGUGGACUCACCUAGCCUUGAUUUUGUGGAAGUGAUUUCUGGCAUCUCCAGGCUGCACCAUCCUAAUAUUUCUGAACUAGUUGGUUUCUGCUCAGAGUCUGGUUUCAAUCUAUUGGUGUAUGAAUAUGAAAGAAAUGGUUCCCUUCAUGAUUAUUUGCAUUUAUCAGAUGAUUACUGCAAUCCAUUGACCUGGGACACUCGAGUUAGAAUUGCUCUUGGAACAGCUCGUGCCAUUGAAUACUUGCAUGAGGUCUGCUCCCCAUCUACUAUUCAUAAGAACAUAAAAUGUUCCAACAUCCUACUUGAUGUUGAGCUCAAUUCCCACCUGUCUGACUGUGGGUUAGCAUCCUUCUACCAGGAAACAAACAAGACUUUGGGACCAGGUUAUCAACCCCCCGAGUACAAUAAGCCAUCUGAUUACACCAUGAAGAGUGAUGUAUAUUGCUUUGGUGUGGUCAUGUUGGAAUUAUUGACUGGUCGAAAGCCUUUUGACAGUUCAAAGCCAAGACCGGAGCAGUCUUUGGUUCGAUGGGCAAUGCCACAGCUCCAUGACAUUGGUGCAUUAGCCCAGAUGGUUGAUCCUGCUCUUCGCGGCCUUUAUUCUCCAAAAUCAUUAUCACGAUUUGCUGAUGUUAUUGCUCUCUGCGUCCAGCCGGAGCCUGAAUUCCGUCCACCAAUUUCUGAAGUUGUGCAAGCCCUAGUUCUCUGCGUGCGGCGAUCGAGCAUUAGCAAGAAGAUUGGUGGAGAGCUCAGCACUUCUCGUCGGAGCAAUGAAUCUGAUUAUUACUACUAAGGAUAUAUAUGUUCCUUUACUGAUUAUAUAACUCUGAUGCCAUGAUUUCUGCAGAAAGCCAGAGAGCUGUUUGUUUUUUUCAACAAAUUCUUCAGCUUAUGUCAAUUUUCAACUAAAUCAAGGUGGAGAGGAACCAUAUGCACUAUGAAAACGUUUUGAUGGUUCUGAAAGAAUAAACCAGAACUCAAAUAGCGAUAUCGCUGGUGAAUCUCCUGUUACAAGUUUCUAAAUUUGUAUGUAGAAAUCCAGCUUCUACGCUAGACAAAUGAGCACCCUGAAGCCAAGGCAAGCAUCAUUCCCUUAAGGCAUGCUUGUUGAUCUUGGGAUUCUUAACUUUGUUUAUGUGCGACUAAAAAUGAAUUAAAACAGACUGUUAUGCAUUGACAUUUCAUUUUAUUUGCUUUCAACAUUCAAUUAUGUUUAGCAUUAAGUGAUGUAUAAUCAAAAUUUCAUUUAUUUUAAUAGAUCUCAAAUGAAAUUUCACUUCGUAUUU